GCAUCGUUGAGAACGGAAGGGUGUGCAUGGACUACAUUGUAACUUGAGAUAUCCUAACGAGAUUGAAAGGUGCGUUCCUGCUUAGCGUGUGUCACGGUGGUGAUCAGUGAUUUGUGCUUUUGAAUCGGUCUUCGAGCCCGCCAAAGGCCAACCGACCGUUGUUUAUGGAUGUGUACGAGCGCAAGUAGUAGGAAUUAAAAGACAGAGAGGAAACAUUAACUUUCCUUCCUCCUCAUACUUCGGCUGCUUUGUCCAUUUCAAUGAUCAGAAAUCAAAGGGAGUGAGCGGUGCAAAAGUGAAUGAAAAAUGGAGGAAUCAAAUCAAAAUAAUAACAUGUUGAUUUGAAGCGCUAUAAAAGUAUAACAGAAGGAGGAGAGUGAAGAAAUUAAUUACCCGUACGGCAAAGGCAAUAAAGCGCAAUAAAAACUAAAUGAAAAGAGUUUACUGUGAUGUACAUUGGAGAAGAUAUAUCUGGAAAUAGAGCAUCAUCAAAAAUCGAUUCGCGCGCGCUUUUGAUGAAUAGAACAUUGCCGAAAUUGAUCGUGCCGCCGCCGCCGAUGUUCUUGAUAUGUGAGCGUUUUUAUAGUAAUAUCGAUUUCAUUGAUACAGCGCUGAAUUUUUCCUAUGGUAGCGAGUAAUCGACGAAUUCAUCAAAGCAAACGAAACUGGUUCGAAGAUACAUACCCACAUGAAGUGAUCGUACAGUGAUCGUGCAUUGAGUAGAGUGCUGUUGGCAGUUAACGAACAGCUCCAACCGCUUGAAGAAACGAAUUCAACCCAACAGUAAGAAAUAUGCAUAAUGUGAAAAGUCACUUAAGAACGUGUGCAAAAAAUAAAUAAAUCGAAUUAAGCGAAAUGUGUACAAUUAAUUACGAAGGUAUAACGCGUCGCUGGUAAUUGUAUGAAGAAAUACCGUUGAGCUCAUGAAUCUCUGCAGCAGCCGCCUUGGCAAAGUGCUCUGAGCUGAAUCCAACAGUCAGUGGUCCUCUCGUCGUCAUCGUCGGCGUGGAUGCUGCAGGCUUUUUUGUGCAAAGCUUUUCAGCUUCGCCGCCGUGUCUGGGGCUGAGGCUCAACUUUACUUCGCAUAAAUGAAGGAUCGCGAAGAUAGAAGGAGUUCGUAUGCUGCCUGCGUGGAUACGUGAAUAAGCCAAAAACGCACACAACCAGCCUGUGUUUAGCAUCUUGUUGUUGAUGCUGUUGCUGGAUCUUAAUAAUUCCCUCGUGGUAAAGUGCUUUCCAUGAUCAGUGCCGGGAUUUGCCGGAACAAAGUGCAUCAAAAAGGAAAAUAUAAAGAUCACGGAGUAAUGAAUUAAAAGAAAUUAUCCAUAUUUCAAUCAAGUUAUUGUGCUUUCCAGCAACAAAUGAACAAGAGACCGAGAGAGUUUGGCUGUAGAAUGUAAUUAUAAUGUUGGUUUAAUGUUCGGCAUCAAAACACCUUAAAGGUGGUAAAUUUCUGUACAGUUUUGAGAGCAUCAAAAAGAAGUGAGAAAAGUGAAAAGCAGCAGUCAAAGUGAAACGAAAAUGGCCUCCGCAAACACAAAAAAGAUGAAUCUGUGGAUUAUUCUUGUUGCUCUCUUUAUAAUUGUUCCCAUUCAUUGUGGCUACGGACAUAAUUACGGACAAGGAGUUCCGACAUGGAUAUGCCUCGGACUGAAGUCGCCUUUCAUCCAGUUCCGGUCGGAGUUCGAGGUGCUCUCAAAUAACAGCAUAUCAUUGAACCUCACAGAAAUACGACACAAACUGAAAAGUGUACAAAAUUUGGACCACUUUAUACGUCCAGUGGAUAACGGACGAAAGGAUGAUGGCAAGAGACAGCUUCUUUCUGGUUCUCCAUCGACUGGUGUGGUCAAUACGCUUCCUAGCAACAUGACGAUUACAUUUCUGACCACAACACCACCAUCGUUUGUGAAUCAUUUCGAAAUAACGACAGAGCAUGGCUAUUCGAACGACAUAGACAUAGAAAGGAAAACCUUUAGCGAACAUAUGAUAUCUGAUGAUAGCAGCAAAAAAGAAAGGAAGUACAUCAUACCGUUGGCAUUGAAGACUUCUUCAAAUGAAAAGGAAAAAACAUCGUCCAUAUUUCAUGGAUCAUCGACCAAUAUUGACGAUCUAAAGCGUCAUAUUUUGAUGCUGCAAAACCUGACACAGUCCGAUAAGAACUUUCAGAGCAAAUUUGUGGUUUUUCCUUCGUUACAAAAGAAUGGGACGGAGUCGUCAACAAUCACUGCAGUACCGGCCACGACAACUGACCCUGCAACAACUACAACUUUCCGCCCUCCUUUUCAUCAAAUGCCAGUACUACAAAUCAAGGAAGAUCAAAAUGUGGUUAAGACGUUUCCUGAGAAGUUUACACGACUUCGUCCGACGAUCAAUAUGCCAAAGCAAAUCCUGCAGAACUCUCAUGAUAUAUUGUCCGAUAAUAAAGACGACAUGUUCAAAAUGGAAAAAAUUACAAUAGUGCCACAGGUUUUCUUACAAAAUGACCAAACUCCGGAUUCCAUGGCAGAUGAAGAGAAUAAUAACGAUAAUUACGGCCACAAUAGCGACAGAAAGAAAGAGAUCAAAGGAAAUGACGGAGAGAGUAUCAAGAAUAAAAAACCAACGCCGCCCGUCCAUCAGGGCAGCAGUCUCAGCAGAGAAGGGACAGCAGAGGAGAUAAGUAAUAAAUCUCCACUGUCGGCCACAAUACUACCGCCAGCACGGAAACUCGGACGCAACAACAAAACCACACUGACGGCAUUGGCGUCUAGCACGGUACAAACAGUCAGUGCCGCCAAAGAUGCUGAAUUUGAUAAUGCCCCUACACGUGGCUCCAGCAACGUACGAGGAAACGGCAAGAAGCGAAAUCGGAAAAAUAAAAAGCCAUCCGAACAACCAAUUAACUCCAAUCCGGUUCAAGAUAUCCACGGUGUACCGAGCCAAAGCUCAAACAAGACCAAAGCCGGCAGAAAAGGUGCUAAACGGCUUCAAAGGCUCCAGCAGAAAGCAUUUAUGUUGCAGCAAUUAACAUCCAGCUCGUCGACUGUUGCGCCUUCUCCUGCAAUGACCGCCACCAGUCGAAAACUUUCGCGCUUCCGCCGGGCCGACCGGGCCACGAACAAAGCUCUGCGAACUCAGCUGGAACAUGCCUACGCCAAAGAUAGUACAAUAGUUCCAAUAUACGGAUCAAUUAACGGAUCCAGUGUAAGUGCCAUAACCGGUCUAGGUAGCAAUAGUGUUAGUGUUAAAAAUACCACAGUUUUUUCAAUUGAUAGCAACGAUAAUAAUGGUGGCAAUCACAGUGAAAAAGAUAUAAUCAACAUAAACCCGGACCUAUGCCACAAAGUGACCGGCUUGAGUGGAGGGCAACAGAAGCUGUGUGCUCAACAUACCAGUGUCAUGCCAGCAAUAAGCCGCGGAGCGAGAGCCGCCAUCCAGGAAUGCAAGCACCAGUUCAAGCACCGCCGAUGGAACUGCAGCACUAUAGAGGACGACACCGUUUUUGGACCCGUUUCAAAUAUAGGUUCACCGGAGAUGGCAUUCGUCCAUGCACUGGCAGCGGCUGCGGCUGCCAGCUUUAUCGCUCGCGCCUGCCGUGACGGACAGUUAGCGUCGUGCGGGUGUUCGCGGAGCACACGGCCUUCACAACUUCACGAAGAUUGGACAUGGGGCGGCUGUGGAGAUGACAUGGAAUUCGGCUACAAGUUCUCUCAAACAUUUAUUGACAUCAAAGAAAAGGAACGAAAACGUGGUACCAGGGGUUUAGUAUCAAUUCCGGCAAAGUAUCCUAAAAUAGUGGAACGACUCCUUGAAACGCUGAACGACACAAGUGAAAACAUACUUAACGGAACCGAUACCCUUUUCCGCCCCGAAGAUCUACAGAAGCUUCAAGACAAAAUAGCCAAAGAAAUUUCCAGCUCAAAUCUGGAUCCCAAAGAAAUGAACGAACUACAGGACAGGAUCAAUAAGGAAAUAACCAAUUCCGAAGUGUUCAAUCUUAAACACUUCAACAUAUACGAUAAACUGAAAAAGAUGUUCAAAAAACCAGAAAAGACGCUGAACGGAGUUAAAUUCAGCGCAACGGCCAAAGCACGCGCUUUGAUGAACCUGCACAAUAAUGAAGCUGGUCGUAGGGCAGUUAUCAAGAAAUCACGAAUAAUUUGCAAAUGCCACGGCGUAUCCGGUUCAUGCAGUCUCAUCACUUGCUGGCAGCAACUGACAUCAGUUCGAGAAAUUGGCGAUUUUCUGCGUGAAAAAUACGAUGAAGCGACCCAGGUGAAAAUAAACAAACGAGGUCGUCUACAGGUCAAGGAUCCGAGAUACAAGAUUCCUACGCCACUGGAUCUGGUGUAUCUGGAUGAAAGUCCCGACUGGUGCCGGAAUAACAGACAACUCAAAUGGCCAGGAACUCAUGGUCGUGUAUGUAACAAAACGUCAUCCGGACUAGACGGUUGUGCGAUCCUUUGCUGCGGGCGAGGAUACAAUACGAAAAAAAUCGUUGUCAAGGAAAGAUGCAACUGUAAGUUCCAGUGGUGUUGCCAGGUGAAGUGUGAUAUAUGUACCCGGCAUAUAGAAGAGUACACGUGUAAAUAAAUAAUUUGAGUAGCUACCUUGAGUCUUGAUAUAAAUGAUUUUCUAUGACAUUCGGAAUGAUUUAGAGUUUUGAAAACAAAUUUGUUUAAUCGAAUCCAUGAAAUUGAUAUCAUUUAUGUUAAAGUAGGAAUGACAGGAAGAAACUGGCUGUAAUAUCAUGUAUGAUUGAUUGUAUGAAAUUGCGAAAAAUCUUAUUUAUUUAAAAACGAAAGAAUUACUAAGUGAUAGUGAAAAAACUAUCUCGAAGUGAUUGAAUUGCUUUGUAUGUGCUAUAUUAGUAACAGUACGUGAGUGAAUAAACCAACACGAUUUUAAUUUAAACAAAACCUCUUGACUCAUCUUUUAUCAUAAGAAUAAUGUUGAUUCGAUUACAUGAAAUCUUAGGGAAUUCGAUAGGUAUACCAACAUGAGUUUACUCUGCAUGAUAAGUAUCUAGUGUACCUAUUGAUACUAUUAAUACAAUGAUCAAAUUCGGCAUAAACUGCAUACAAUUUAACAUAAGUUACUUCAGGAUCAAAUUGUAAAUAAAUAAUAGGCACAGCAAUAGAAUGCUUCAAACCAGUAUUAUUAGAUAUUUUGAUGCAUGGUAUUUCAAAAUCGUUCACCUCCUAGCACAUUUAACAUUUUAUAGAAUUACGAAUAUUUAUUAUAGUUGUAGAUUUAUUAUAUCAAAUGUAACUUAUACAUGUGCUAUAAUCAUCGAAGUUUUACACUAAUUAAAUGGCAGCUUAGUUGCUAUACUGGCUUUAACAGAUUGAUUUAAACAUUUUGAUACAUAUGUUGCCAGUUUUAUCAUUUGUAAAAGAAUUCUACACCUUUCAACUAAUUUGAAUAAAAGAAACUCUUACUGAAAUAUUUCUUUUCUAAAUCACUACUCCAAAUACACGAUAAGCUUUGUAAUGCUCGUCUAAAUCUAGAUGUAUAAAAUCAUUCGAAAUGUAACAAUGAGGCAAUCUGUAAUUAGACAAGAAAUAAAUAUAUAAAUAUUCGUUUUAAUUUUAAAAAAAUAA